CCACGGGGCCUGCCCCACUGUGGGCGUGUGGCACAAGGCUCUUCGCAGGGCGCUGGGCCUCCCCUUAUCAAGGCAAACCUCACCGGCCAGUGCACACACAUUCUCCAUCGCGUGUCCCCCUCCCACCACACCCCUAUGACCCCUGCAGAUAUGUAGGUCGGGUCUGGAACGUCAGGCAGGGUGAGGUCUGACCCAGAGGAGGCUGGACCUUGUUCUGUGGGACAUGGUCUCCUGAAGGCGUCCUCUGCCCUGGCCAGUCUGUGGGGGUGCAGCCAGCCCUUCCCGGUGACCAAAAAGGGCCCAUGGGGGAGGGGCACUGGAGCAGAGCCGGGUGGUUGGCUGGCUGUCCGGAGCUCUUGGGCGCUGGCAGGCCCCGGCCAACAAUAACGGUAGGGACUGCACGACUGGGAGAGCCGGCCGGGCAGGUCCCCGGGUGCCGGGAGCCGCCCCCUGCUCGCUCUCCAGUUCCCGUCCCGUCCCGUUGGCCCAACCUGUUCUAGUUCAGCAGGAUCCCAGGCCCCUGCAGGAGCAGAGGCCUCCAGACCCCCGACCACCUCCCAGCACGUGAUGGCCGAGACCCCCACUCCCAUGGCCAGGCCCGGGAAGCCCGGGGCCGGGGAGGACCGGCAGGAGGAGGGAGAGGAAGAAGGGGGCUCCGGGAGGCCACAGGCAGAGACGCUGGAGCAGGCCCAGGAGCUGUUUCUGCUGUGUGACAAAGACGCCAAGGGCUUCCUCACACGGCAUGACCUGCAGGGCCUGCAGAACGACGUGCCCCUCACACCGGAGCAGCUAGAGGCUGUGUUCGAGAGCCUGGAUCAAGCCGGCUCCGGCUUCCUCACCGCUUGGGAGUUCUGCCUCGGCCUGGGGAAGUUUGUGGGGGUGGAGUCAGCCCAGAGCACACCGCCCUCCCAGGCUCCAGAGGAAACCUUCGAGUCGGGCUGGUCGGAUGUGCAGGGCACUGGGGGCUCCCUGGAAGAAGAGGAGGAGGAGAGAUUCCGGGAAGCGCUGGAGCAGCUGGGGGUGGCCCCAGUCCUGGGCGAGCAGCGAGCGGUGCGGACAUUCUGGACCCGAUUGCAGCGCGAGCGACCCGAGCUGCUGGGCUCCUUCGAGGACGUUCUGGUGCGCGCGUCGGCCUGCCUGGAGGAGGCAGCCCGAGAGCGGGACGGCCUGGAGCAGGCGCUGCGGCGGCGGGAAAGCGAGCACCAGAGGGAGGUGCGCUGUCUGUACGAGGAGACGGAGCAGCAGCUUCGCGAGCAGCGCCAGCGUCUCCGGAGUCAGGACCUCCCCCGGGAGGAGCGCACAGGCCUCCUGGAGCUGGAGCUGCAGGACCGCGAGCAGGAGCUGGAGCGGGCAGGCCUGCGGCAGCGGGAGCUGGAACAGCAGCUGCAGGCCCGGGCCAGCGAGCAGCUGGAGGUGCAGGCGCAGAACGCCCAGCUGUGGCUAGCCAACGAGGCGCUACGAACGCAGCUGGAGGGGACGCAGGAGCAGCUCCACAGGCUGGAGGGCGACUUGCGGAGCCGCCAGGAGCAAGCCCUACGAGAUGUGGUCGCUGUGUCGAGGAACAUGCAAAAGGAGAAGCUCAGCCUCCUGCGGCAACUGGGACUCCUCAGGGAGCUGAAUGCGAGGCUACGGGAUGAGAGGGAUGCCUGUGAGGCCAAGCGGUUAGCCAGCGGUCGAAGGAAAGCUCUGGCCAUGGCUCGCAUGCCGGGCCCCACCUGCUGCUGUUGCUGCUGCUGCAGCUGGGCUCGCCCCCCAAGAUGUGGCUCUGGCCACCUUCCCAGUGCCCGCUGACCAUCCCCCAGAGACUCACUGGGCAUUCCUCGGAGAGGCCACCCCUCGAAGGCGAGGCGUCAUGGCCCAUCCAGCAUUCGGGCUCUGCUCAGGGCACUGCAGGCCUGCCUGCAUGCAGACAUGAAGGAACUACCCAGGGAGUGGUGGCGCGGUCGGAGUCUCACGUGCCCCCCUGCGGGGCCUCAUCCUGUCCCAUCCCAUCAAAUCCAUCUCUGACCGGCAGAAAAACUCCCUCCUCCUAAUAAAGUCCAUUGACUGCAC